CUAGCCAUAGAGCUCCUGGAGGAAGGAGCGGAUCCAAACUUCCGCAACUCAAGUGACGAUUUGAAUACACCACUGCAUGUCGCGGCACAAAGUGGGUCAGAAGAAAUGGUUAAAAUCUUGCUCAGAUAUGGAGCGAGUGUGAAUACCUUGAGUGACAUCCACGACACUCCUCUGCUCGCUGCUGCUAGUGGAGGUGCUAUCAAAUCUGACCAGGACCUCUGGGAGUGGGCUGUGAAUGGAAGCAAGGGGGAGCAAAAGAUCUACGACAAGCAGAACAAGCAGAUCUUUAACGUCGUCAAGAUUUUAGUAGAUGCAGGCUCGGAUGUUCACCACAAGAACAUAUAUGGCAAUACUGCUCUCCACAAAGCUGCAGCGAAUGGAUACCAUUGCACGAUCUCCCACCUGCUCACCUUCGGAAUGAAAGUGAACCAGCGAAACGAAGAUGGAGCGACUCCGUUACAUCUCGCUGCUUACUCCGGCAACCUUCGCUCAUGCAAGGAGCUCGUUAGAGGGGGUGCAGACGUGAACAUACCGGACGACAGCGGAAAGUCGCCC